CUUGUAAAUAGAUAUUCUAGUUUGCCGACCAAAAAAAAAUAAAAAAGAUCUUCUUCUAAUUUGAUUAUAAAACUUUAAAGUAUUUCUCUUUAGUUAAUUUUGCAAGUGCGAAGAACUUGUUCCUCAAAUCGAAUCGAAAGAAGAAGAGAAGGAUGUGGGUGGAGAUCAUCUGCGCUCUUGCGAUCUACAAAAUCGUUCGCCUUUUCUUCUACAACGACGAGUUUUCCGACGUAGAAACGUCCGACUCCACUGCUCUCUUCUCCGUCGCUCACAGACUAGAGAAGCUUCAUGGCGGAAAAGCUUAUGUAGGGCUUCGAAUUCCAGAUGCAGACACUUCUUCUAGACAGGACGUCGAUCUUGUUCUCGUCACCAAAGGACAAGUUGAGGUGAUCGGUGUUAAGAACCUAUCUGGAAUUGUUACGGUAACGAGUGAUGGGAGCUGGGUUUGUGAAGGUGGCAAGCAUCAUUCAACUCACACCUACCCUGAUCCUCUGGCUGAAGUGAAGAAACAAGCUUCAGUUCUUGAGUCAUAUCUUGAACAGAGGGGCGUUACUUUACUAGAAGAAAAUAUCUCUUGCAAAGUUGUUAUUCCCAACCCAAAUUUUCGUACAAUGCAUGCAUUUCCGAGUGAGGUAAUUACCUACGAAGAGUGGCAACACCUAAAACCAGUCUCAAGAAACAUACUUUCUGGUUGGGUUAAAGGCGCAUUCAGCUCAGGGAAAGAGAUGCAGGACUCUUCGCACCAAAAACUUAACUUCAUCCUUGGCUCGGCACCAGUGUGGGAUAGGGUGGAGCUUAAAAACAGCAAGAUUGUGUUAGGAGAGUUCCUCGAGUUUAAAGGAAAGGAGGAAGACACUUUGGCUUUGAGACAUAUCAAAAGAUCAAAAGUUGACCGUAUCUCUAUUCAGCAAACUAGCAUGCUUGGAUUCGCUCCAACAAGGUUGCAGGUUCUGUACUCGUAUAGGGACUACAGAAGUGAAGGCAGUUCAGGAUCAGAGACGAAGGAAGUGACUGUAAGGUCGAGCACCGAGGUUGUGUUCCAGCCACGAGACUCUGGAAAGAUUAAGAAAUUCAAGCUAUCGUCCCUCCUUUCUGUCUCACUAAGUGCCUAACUGUUCUGUCUACAGAUAAAGGCUGUUAAUGUCUAGUAUGUGACUUACAUAGACCAAUCCUGAAAUGAGCAUAUUAUUAAGAGAUAACUGUUUCUUUCUUGUUUAUUGUUUUUGCUCGACACUUGAGAACACCUCUGAGAUAAGAAUCCAUGCUAAAUAUGCUUAAGCAA